CAUUUCACUGUGGUCCAUUGUUCAGCUUCAGCUGUGCUCCAGGUGUCCAUAUCUCUCAAUAAAGUGGAAAUGAGUGUUGGAGAGUCCAAAUUCUUCACCUGCACAGCCAUCGGUGAGCCGGUUAGCAUAAACUGGUUCAGUCCUCAAGGCGAGCGGAUCAUCUCAAACGAGCGAGUGAUUGUUCAUACCGAGGGCGUUCGGUCCAGGCUAACCAUCUAUAACGCCAUCAUAGAGGAUGCUGGGAUAUACCGAUGCCAGGCUGCGGAUGCUAAAGGACAGAGUCAAGAAGCCACAGUGGUGCUGGAGAUUUACCAGAAGCUGACGUUCCGCGAGGUCAAGACGCCGCAGGAGUUUCGUCAGGGUGACGAUGCUGAAGUGGUGUGUGACGUCAUCAGCUCUCCUGUCCCGGCCGUAUCCUGGUUCUACAAGAACAGGGAAAUCACAUCUGAGCCCAACAGCAGAUUUCAGGUUCUUCCCACCAAUAACCUGCAGAUCCUGAAAGUGGGUAAAGCGGAUGAGGGAGCGUAUCGCUGUGAGGCGCGCGUGGAGGCUCGAGGAGAAAUCGACUUCAGGGAUAUUGUGGUGCAGGUGAACGUUCCUCCUGUGCUGUCUGUGCCGCAGCAGUCCUUCAACGCCACUGCAGACUACCAGGAGUCCGUCACUUUCACCUGCGUCACUUCUGGCUCGCCCGACCCGCAGGUCACCUGGUACUGGAAGGGUCAUGCGAUCGAGCACUCGGAGCAGUACGUGUUGAACACUAUGAAUGGAGGUAAAAGCACGCUCACUGUUAAAAACAUCAAGCAAACAGACGGUGGACCCUACAUGUGUCGAGCCAGCAACAAAGCCGGCAGCUCCGAGAGCCAGCUCUUCCUCAAGGUGUUCGUCCAGCCUCACAUCACUCAGCUGAGGAACGUGACCGCAGUGGAGGGCAGCGCAGCCAUGAUCUCCUGUACAGCUGAAGGAGAGCCGCUGCCCGAGAUCUCCUGGAGGAGAGCCAGCGACGGACACAGCUUCACAGACGGGGAGAAGAGUAAGGAUGGGCGUGUGGAAGUGCGUGGACGCCAUGGAAAGUCCAUGUUGACCAUCAGCGGGGUUCAGCUCUCAGACUGGGGCCGAUUCGACUGUGAAGCUCUCAGCAGGAUUGGAGGCCAUCAGAAGAGCAUGUUCUUGGACAUCGAGUAUGCUCCAAAGUUCCAGACAAAUCAAAGCAUUUUCUACUCGUGGGAGGGAAACCCGGUGAACAUCAGCUGUGAGGUGAAGUCUAAUCCUGCGGCGACGAUGCUGUGGAGACGAGAGCGCUUCACCAUCUCCAGCCAAGGCACCAGCAACAUCCGCAUCCACAGCACAGACGGACGCUCACUGCUGGAGGUCACUCCAGUGUCCGACAGGGAUUUUGGACGCUACAACUGCACUGCCAGAAACAACAUCGGCGCUCGAUACCAAGAGUUUAUACUAGCACAGGCAGGUCCUGCAGUGGUUCUGACCAGUCUGGAGCCCAACACCACGUAUGAGGUGCGAGUGUCUGCGGUCAAUGGAAAGGGUCAGGGGGAAUUCAGCCACACAGAAAGCUUCCAGACGCUGCCCAUCCGUGAGCCCAGUCCACCAACGGUGCACGGUCAGAGAGGCGUGGGGAAGGCCUACAGACUGGGCCUGGUAAAGCAGGAUGACGGAGGGAUGCCCAUCGUCGAGUACAUCCUCAAGUAUAAAACCGAUAAAGAGGAGCAGUGGAUGACCAAGCUGGUUCCGGGUAUGAAUGAUUUUGCGCUCCUGCAGCCGCUUCAGUGGAACACCAGAUAUAAUGUGGAGAUCACAGCGCGCAACGUCAAGGGUCUGACAGAGCCCACGUACUUCCAGUUCCUCAUGCCGCAGAAGCCUGAUAUCACAGACUCUCUGUUCAGUGGGCUGGGUGUGGGCGCUGUGCUAGGUGUGGGUGUGUGCGUUCUCCUCCUCCUGCUGGUGCUGCUGGACGUCAGCUGCUUCUUCCUGCGCCAGUGCGGCCUCCUCAUGUGCAUCACGCGCAAACUCUGCAGCAAGAAGACCAGCACCAGCGGCAAGAGCAAAGAGCUGGAGGAGGGCAAGGCUGCGUAUCUGGUUGAUGGCUCAAAGGAGCCCAUCGUGAAGAUGAGAACAGAAGAAGAGAGAGUUACUAACCCGGAGGACUGCAGUCCAGUGAAUGAACCCAAUGAGACGACUCCUCUGACCGAGCCCGAGAAGCUGCCGCUGAAGGAGGAAAACGGCAAAGAAGUGCUGAAGCCGGAUCUGAUCGAGAUUAAAGUCCACACGGACAACAGCAUCCACACAAAACAGGACGACAGCAAAGCGUAAUGGAGAACGCACACACAGCCUAAAACACUAUAGAUGUAUACGUAUAUAUAAAACAGAAGAGGAAUGAUAAGAGAAGCAGAAGAAAUCCUGUGUGCUGUAAAUAUGUUGAAAUAUAAACAGAGUUGGAGUUUUUUUGUGAUAAAUCUACUGUUCUUUCUAUCCGCGAUGGCGUCUUCAUCUUGGUGUUUGGAUUUCGCCAAUAAGGAUUCAGUUUCCAGGCCUUUUUCUUCUGCGUUCGGGCAUGUGGAGUGUGAUUUUUUUUUUCAGUGGGACUUGAUGAUUUCUGGGCUUCUCAUCUAAAUGUGUUCAUGGGGUUUUCAGUGUUUCGAUACUGUGAGACUUUUCCAUUGGGAAGACAUUUGGAUUUCUUGAGUUUUUUUUUUUUUCUGGCAUGUUGAUGCUUUGAGAUGGUCUGUCUUAUUUAUGUCACGUCUGAACAUUGAAGACGGCUCUGGUCUGUAUUUUCCAUCUUGUCUUCAUGAGUUUUAAACACAGGAAUCGCUUAUGAAAACCCAAACGAACCGUUGUAUUGAAGUGACUGUAGAUUGGGUUUCCUCAACUGCCAUGAUUAAACGCUCUUCUUCAUUUAUGA